AUGGCGGUGGGGACGGCAUUCAUUCUACUGGCUGCACUCCACAGGACCUUCUCUGAUCUCAUGAUCACUUUCGCGGUGGGUUUGGUAUGGUUACUCACGCCUUUGGCUCUUGUUAUCAUUACCCUUGCUCGACGGUAUGGAUUGAAACAAGCCAUUCGUUACCUCAAUCUUGGAUUGACAGGCGAGGAAGCUGAUGCAGCCUUCGAGGCAGCAUCGAGAGUGCCGACACCAGAGGACAAGCAAUCGUUCCUGGCUACGGCUAAGAACGCGUCGAUGGUCACGCUGGCGACCACGGCUGGUGCUGAGGACCUGUGCCCGAUAUGUCUAGAUGAGGAGGAUAUGGGAGAUCCAUUGAUAACGUUGAGGUGUGGUCAUGUAUUCCAUGAGAAGUGUAUCGAUUCGGUCAUCGAUACAGCAUACGAGAAGAUGUAUGCUCCUAAUUAUCUGGGAUUACCAAAAUUACCUCGUGAUGAAGUGUUGAACUCACUUCGCUGCCCUCUCUGCCGUUCCCAAAUGACAGACUUGGAGCACGAUAUCGAAGAGGGCAGUUCAGGGUCUGUUACAGCUUCGCCAGGUGAAACCGUUGGUGGUUAUGAAAGCGCAUCUGUUACAUCUCCUACUGGGGGGCUGUUAUCCAGAAGUGCCGGUGUCACUGACUUGUCUGGUCUUCAAGAGUUCAAUAUGUCUCAUUCGCCGAAUGCGGUGCCGACUUCUGCCUUCCCAGCUGUUAUACAGUUGUGA